UCUCAUCUUCUGCCAACAUGAGGCUGAUGCCCGGCUCGCCUCCGCCCGUCCUGCCGCUCCUCCUGGCGCUCACCUUCGCCGCUGCCGUGCCUCAGCUGUCCUCAGGAGCCGCGCCGUUCCCCCAAGACCUGGAGCCCAUCAGCACCGUGGGCAGAGACUCCUCCUACCUCUACCCCAGCUUCCAGGGCCUCAUGUCGGACAAUGACACCGUCCGCCUGGGCCUGGACUUCCAGAGGAUGCUGAGGAUCAACCACAUGCUCUACAUCGCUGCCCGGGACCACGUGUUUGCCGUCAAUCUGGCUGUUUCGUCCGAGCAGAUAAUCCCACGACAGAAACUGACUUGGAAGACGAAGGAUGUGGAGAAAUGCACCUUGAGGGGGAAGAACAGCGACGAAUGUUACAACUACAUCAAAGUUCUCGUGCCUCGGAACGACGAGACGCUUUUCGCCUGCGGCACCAACGCCUUCAACCCGACCUGCCGCAACUACAAGAUGUCCACACUGGAGCAGGAAGGAGAGGAGGUGGUGGGACAGGCCCGUUGUCCCUUUGAGUCCAGGCAGUCCAACGUCGGGCUUUUCGCUGGUGGGGAUUUCUACUCGGCCACCAUGACCGACUUCCUGGCGAGCGACGCGGUGAUCUACCGGAGUCUGGGCGAGAGCAGCGCCGUCCUGCGCACGGUGAAGUACGACUCCAAGUGGCUGCGAGAGCCCCAUUUCCUCCACGCCAUCGAGUACGGGAACUACGUGUACUUCUUCCUCAGCGAGAUCGCCGUGGAGUACACCACACUCGGCAAGGUGGUUUUCUCCAGAGUCGCUCGUGUUUGCAAGAACGAUAACGGCGGCUCCCCUCGGGUCCUGGAGCGAUACUGGACCUCGUUCCUCAAAGCCCGGCUGAACUGCUCCGUGCCCGGCGACUCCUUCUUCUACUUCGACGUCCUGCAGUCGCUGACCAACGUGCUGCAGAUCAACCACCGGCCGGCGGUGCUCGGCGUCUUCACCACGCAGGCAAACAGCAUCACCGGCUCGGCGGUCUGUGCGUUCUACAUGGACGACAUCGAAAAGGCCUUCAGCGGCAAAUUCAAGGAGCAGAGGAACAGCGAGUCGGCGUGGACACCUGUUCCCGAGGAGCAGGUCCCGAAGCCAAGGCCGGGCUGCUGCGCCGGCGAGGGCUCGGCGGCGGCGUACAAGUCGUCCACGACCUUCCCCGACGAGACGCUGACCUUCAUCAAGUCGUACCCGCUCAUGGACGAGUCGGUGCCCUCGGUCAACGACAGGCCGUACUUCACCAGAACCACCAGCAGAUUCAAGUUGACCCAGAUCGCCGUGGACACGUCGGCCGGGCCGUUCAAGAACUACACGGUGGUUUUCCUCGGCUCGGACAACGGCCACGUGCUGAAGAUCCUCGCCAGCACCGAGGGCGCCAACGCCUCCUUCGGCACGCAGCUGCUGGAGGACAUCGACGUCUACAACCCCAACAAAUGCAACGUGCGGGGGGAGGACAGGAGGGUCCUGGGCCUGGAGCUGGACCGGGACCACCACGCCGUGUUCGUGGCCUUCUCCAGCUGCGUGAUCCGGGUUCCGCUCAGCCGCUGCUCCGACUACAGCACCUGCAAGAAAAGCUGUCUGUCUUCACGGGAUCCUUAUUGCAUUUGGCUGAAGUCAGGCAGCUGUGCCACGGUCUCACCUGGAUUAAAAGGCGGAUUCGAACAGGAUGUGGAGAGCGGCCACCAUCAGCUCCCUGAUACCUGCCACGACGUCCUGGCGACAACACGCAAGCAAAACACGGCGCUGGAUUCAGCGUAUGGGAAGACCACACCCACAAGCGCCAGCACAACCUAUCACGGGGCGGCACCCCCAAAGGAGGCAGGUGACCCUGAAAGAGGUACAGGUCCUGAUGGCCCUCCCCCAGUGGGGGAACAGGGGUCACCUGACUCGGAGCCAAUCAGUGUGGAGAUGGAGGGUGUGAGGCGCCCCCCCGACCUGGAGAAGACCAACCACAGUGUUCACUACACGCUCCUGAUCGCGUGCGUGCUGGUGGCCUUCGUCCUCGGCGCCUUCCUCUCCGGCUUCCUGGUGUCCUGCUACUGCAACCACUCGGGCCACAAGACCAAGAAGCUGGCGAAGGACCCCGAGGCUCCGAUCCCUCACGCGCUGUCGCUCCGCAGCCUGGCCAAGCUCAACGGCCUCCUGGACAGCCAGAGCAAGGACGACAAGCUGGAGGUGUCGUCGCCGAAGAUCUACAACUCGUUCUUCACCAACAGCAAGGAACAUCACCCACCGAGGAGGAACGGCCACCACGCCAUGACCAUGGGAGACCUGGUGCACCCCCACCAUCACCACCUUCACCACUCCUCCGAACUCUCCGGUCUGCCGACGCCCGACUCCACCCCGGAGCUUCCCAUCAAGAGCAUGAAGGCCUUCAAGAACCAGUGGGAGAAGAACCAGAAUUGCAACAACGCCAAAGACCCAAAGUCCCACAACGGCGGCUCCAGGCCUAGCUCCGCCCUGCUCCACCAGCAGGUCUUCCCCUACUCCCACAGCCUGUCCAAUGGGCAGCCGCUGGGGGGGGGGCACCUCCUCUCAGACGAACGUAAAAUCCACAACGUUGAGCGUGUGCUCUCCCAGCAGCCGUACCCCGGCUACUCCCAGAAGGUGAUGGAGGUCACCUCCCUGGACGAGCUCCUGAAGCACAUCCAUGACGCCAGCAGCAGUAAACACUCCCAGCUGAUGAGCCCGUCGGGUCUCAUGGCCUGUGGGGGGGGCGGAGGCCACCUGGCCUUCGCCAACCGGAUCCAGCCUCAGAUCCCUGAGACAGAAUCUGCUCCUUACUACAGCUCGUCCACGUUACCUCGAGACAGCCUCACCCGGCGCAUGGACGUCCCCCCGGACAUCCCCCCCCACCACCAGUCCACUCUGGAGAGGAGGCACUCGUCCCAGAGGCACUCGCUGAUCUCUGCAGCCGCCAAGAUGCCAGGAGGAGGAGGUGGAGGAGGGGGGAUGAUCCCUCGCCAGCACAGCUUCAGCCAACGAAACGGUGGGCCGCACCAGCCCCCCCCCCUGCUGGCACGGAUGAACUCAACCGGCAGCGCCUGCGAGGUUCACUACCCGCUCAUCCCCAACGGGUACCUGGCUCGCCAGCACAGCUACACCGGAGAGCAGGAGGUGCCACACCGGGGGGGCGCCAUCGUCCGCCGGGGCUCCUCCCUCAAACCCGACGUCCCCCCCAAACCUUUGUUCAUACCUGCCACGUCCCCGGUGAACCAGCAGGGGAAGUUCAACUACUGAGGAGGUUCUCUCCUGGACUAGAGGAGGUUCUCUCCUGGACUAGAGGAGGUUCUCUCCUGGACUAGAGGAGGUUCUCUCCUGGUCUAGAGGAGGUUCUC